UGGGUCAUAAAUCUGUCAGCGAGGGCAAAGUGCAGCCUUCCCUGAUAAAACACUGUGGUAUAACACUGUAUAAACCAUAUGGAUAUAUGAGCCUCGGAAAGAGCAAGAAAGAACUCAAACACAAGAGGACACAUUCAGAAACACAAAACCAGGGCCAGGCAAUUUGAUUGGUCCAUCAUGUGGGCAUGGGCACUACUUCCUGUUAUCUUUGCAGUGUUCGGCAUGCUAGGCAUCUGGACUGUGUUUGGUUUAGCUGUGUCCAAUGAGACAGUAAAUCUGACAGUUGAGUUUCCAUACAUCAGCACGUGUGGCACAUAUAACCCUCAGAGCUGUCUCUUCUCCCAGAUAUGCAACAUCUGCUCUGUACUAGCUAUGUGGGUUGUGAUAAUAAGGUUCCAGCAGGUGAGGGAUUUGAAUUGUGCAUCACGUGUAAACACAGCCAGUUUGAUUCUGGGGUUCAUUUCAUCAAUAGGAAUUUCCAUCCUGGGAAACUUCCAGCAAUCAGUGGUGAUGGGUGCUCACUUGUUGGGUGCCUUUCUGGCAUUUUUUGUGGGUCUAGCAUACUUCUGGCUUCAGGUGUGGCUCACGUACCACGCGAAACCAUCACAAGACAAGAAGUGGGUGGGGCCUGCACGGAUCAUCUUCUGCAGUAUUUGCACUUGCUUGGUUGUUGCCAUGUCUGUGCUCCAUAACACAGGCUACAGAUCUGCAUCUGCAAUGUGUGAGUGGGCUUUGGUCACGUGCUUCUUCAUGCUAUUUGGCAUUUUCUCUGCCGAGUUUCGACACAUUGACUUCCAUGAAUUACACGUACAGAAGAAGGGGUUCAGCGAAUUUAACCCUGAAUUUCCACCACAGGAAAGUAGCGUGGUGGAAAUGAGAGGACAGUAAACCAACACACAGGCACCUGUUGCCAAAGUGAAAAUGUGACCUGCAGUAUGGAUGCAAAGGUUUAUAAUAUUGUAUCAUGUGGGUUUAAGCUACUAAUAUGGACCUAAUGUUUUAGACAAAGAGAACUUAUAAUCAACUUUUAUUAAAUAUGUCCAAUUUAUAAACCCAUCCCAUAGCUACUCAUAUUUGCUGAUAUUGAUAUGUUUAUAUAUUCCUGAAAUAAUAAAUGAUGUGUUUUCUUUG